AUGGAAAAACAGAAGGCAGUCCUUGAGAUGCUGGCACAGAUCUUCCACAUCAGGCACCUGCUUCUCCAGCAGGGCCUGGCAGAGUGCCUGGGGACCCUGGUUCUGGUGACGUUUGGCUUCGGCUUUGUGGGCCAGAUGCUUCGCAGCGGAGGUUCCCACGGCGCCUUCCUCACGUCUACCUGGCCUUUGGAUGCGCUGUGGGACUAUGAACAGGAGACGCUGUCUGUGGAUGGGACAAAUGCAACGAUCUUCGCUAUGCAUCCCUCCCCACAUCUCAGUCUGCUCAACGGAUUCUUCGACCAGGAGAUCGGAAUGGCCACACUAAUCGUGUGUAUCCUGGCCAUCGUUGAACCCCAAAACACCCCGGAACCCCGGUUCACGGUGGGCCUGGUGAUCGACCUCUCCAUGAACCCUGCCCGGGACCUGGGGCCGCGCCUCUUCACCACGCUGGCGGGCUGGGGAGGCGGGGGUAGUGACGCGAAAGGCUACUGGUUCUUGGUGUCCUUGUUCGCCCCGUUCCUUGGGGCGGUUAUUUAG